CACACACACACACACACACACACACACACACACACACACACACACGUGUGCGUCUGUGUGCUUCACUGUCAAAAGUACACGCAUUAUCUGGUUGAGAUCGUAGAGUCCAAUGGUCAGCAGCGGGCGGCUGUCGGCAGCUCCGCUCCCCGAGCCGUCACGCACACUGAGCCGCCGCACGGCACCGCACCGCACCGCACCGCACCGCUCCGCCGCUGAAGUUAGGCCGGGGGACCUGCAGGCAUGUCCGGGAACAGCACAUUCGUGAGCCCCUUCUACUCACCGCGGUGUUUGGCCGCCGCCGCCCCGGCGGGCAGAGCCCAGCUCACCCACCCCGGGAAGGCCAUCCUGGCAGGUGGGAUUGCUGGAGGCAUCGAGAUCUGCAUCACCUUCCCCACCGAGUACGUGAAAACUCAGCUGCAGCUGGAUGAGAAGGCCAACCCUCCAAAGUACAGAGGCAUCGUGGACUGUGUGAAGCAGACAGUUAAUGGUCAUGGGGUGAGAGGUCUUUACCGAGGUCUGAGCUCUCUACUGUAUGGCUCCAUUCCCAAAGCAGCUGUCAGGUUUGGGGUGUUCGAGUUCCUCAGUAAUAAGAUGCGUGAUGAGAGCGGGAGGCUGGACAGUAAGCGAGGCUUCCUGUGCGGUCUGGGAGCUGGAGUGGCCGAAGCCGUGGUGGUCGUCUGUCCCAUGGAGACCGUGAAGGUGAAAUUUAUCCACGAUCAAACAUCAGCAAAUCCAAAGUACAAGGGCUUCUUCCAUGGUGUGAGGGAGAUCGUGAGAACUGAAGGUGUGAAGGGGACGUACCAGGGCCUGACUGCCACGGUGCUCAAACAGGGUUCCAACCAGGCCAUCCGCUUCUACGUCAUGACGUCUCUGAGGAACUGGUACAAAGGUGACAACCCUGAUAAAUCCAUCAACCCUUUGAUAACGGGUGCGUUUGGCGCCGUGGCAGGAGCUGCCAGCGUGUUUGGAAAUACUCCUCUGGAUGUGAUCAAGACCAGGAUGCAGGGUCUUGAAGCUCACAAGUACAAGAGCACACUGGAUUGUGCCGUCAAGAUCAUGAAGCAUGAGGGACCAAUGGCGUUCUACAAAGGAACGGUGCCUCGGCUGGGUCGAGUGUGCAUGGACGUGGCCAUCGUCUUUAUCAUCUACGAGGAAGUUGUGAAGGUUCUGAACAUGGUCUGGAAGACGGACUGAGACCUUGGAGCAGAGCAGAUACAACCCAUUCUCCUUAAUGCCUGCUUCUGGAUUCCAAACAUCUACCUCCAAGUAUUGAGAGAGAAGAAAGGUGAUUGGUAGAUUCUUUGAUUUUAUUUAUUGAUCAACAGUAACAAGUGGAGGCAUUUUCUGCAUUAAAAAAGAGCUUGAUGUUGGCAGAAUUGCUAGUUAUUCAAGGAGCUCAGGGAAAAUGAUGGGGCUUUUCAAUUUCAAGAAAAAAUUCAGCAGAUUAUAUGAUGCCACAUGAAAUUGAAAUCAGAUAGAAACUUACGUGUUACCCAACAUAAUGUGAUUUAAAAAUAUAUUUAAAAUAAAUACUUGGAAAAAAAAUAAAGUAGUUUUUAUUAUGAAGAAGUGUUAUGUAAUUUAGUGUCUGGUGGCAUGAUAAAUUAUGCUAUGUGGGGCUACAGGUACACCACAAACUAGAUGCCUCAUGUCAGUAUUGACAAAAUAUUGAGACAGAUGUGACUGGCAGUCCUAUAACUAACCAUUAACACCACUGAAUACCAGAUUAAGAAAGGUUUUGCCUCAUUUCAAAAGCUACACAACUUGGAUUAUUAAGAAAGAUGUUAAAUUUUGCCAUACCAGCUCAUUUAGCUUAGAGGUCAGAGGUGAAAAAGUAAGUUACCUGCCAGCAGGAUUACUAUUGCAACAACACAUCAUCAGCAGGGUAAAACGAACCUGUCUCACGACGGUCUAACCCAGCUCACAUUCCCUAUUAGUGGGUGAACAAUCCAACGCGGUGAAUUCUGCUUCACAAUGAACUUGAGUUAAAAUGCUAUUUUGGUUCACAACACGGUAGCAAUGUGCAAACAGGUAGCUUAAACUUUACCUUGUAAGUUUAACCGUUUACUCUAACUUGAAGAAGGGUUGGUUUACCUGUCAAAUUAAGUAAUUAUAGCCAGAUUAAGUUUUUGUUUACUUGACUUUAUUUUUAUCUUCCACAUGUAUCCUAUCAGGCCAUGUCCCAGCAGGGUGGCGAAAAACGCUGGCAACCUGUUGGGUUGCAUCAUUGGGUGGACACUGAAUAAACUUAGCAUGCCAGCUUCAUGUAGCUUACUGCUAUUUUAGCUAGCCUUUAGCUUACUGGCUGCUGUGGUCUCUAGAAGUGUAGCUUAAACUUUAGCAUACCAAUUGUAUUUCCUUUAAGGAGAUUAUUGGGCUACUUAAGUCCUAGUUUGACUACUUCUACUAAGUAUGUUCACUUAAGCUAACUCUCUACUUCAGCUUUUAGCAGGUAAGUUAGCUUUAGUUAACCUGCGACAGUGGCCUCGAGACAUGCAGCUUAAACUUUAGUAUCCUAGUUGAAGUAGCUUUAAGCAGUUCAUGCUACUACUCAAAUGUUAGUUUCUCCACUAACAUAUACUAUAACUAUUACUUGUUAUAGGUAAGUUAACUUGAGCAAACCUGCUGCUUUAGCUCUGACCAGGUGGGGUAGACUUUAGCUCUCUUGCUAUGUAGCGGGUAGAUUAGCUCUUUUAAUUUCCCUUUCAGCUUUCUUUACUGGUGUGAGGUGGCUCAGAUUGUGAGAGAAGCUUCAACAGAGUCACCAUGGUGCUUUAUGGGACCGUUGUAAUUGCCAACACUGCCAACAAAUGAAUAUUACACUAGAGUGAGUCUCAGCGCUUAUUUAAUUGUUAUGCAUAUUUACACACUGCGUGUUGGAAUGAAUCGAUGUGUUGUGAUGAGGGUGAGGGUUCAAUUUUAGGUUGUUUUAAAGCAUUUAAGUGCCAUUAAAAGUGCCUACGCUUCAUGUAAUUAAUUUUAAUUGAUUACUAUAGACUUUAAGUUGUUGCACAAGUUAUUUUUCAGUGGAGGUCUAAACUUAUUGUUUUUUGGGGGAAUUAAUUCCUUUUUUAUUUCUGAUGUUUUACGCUGCCUCGUAGCAAAAGACAUUGUUAGUGCCUUCCAUCUCAUUCCACAAGUGGCCCAGCUUCUCUUUGAUUCCAUUUUUUUAAACAUGAUUUAAUUUCCAUGAGUCGGCCACCCAAUGUGCCAACUGCCACUGGUUGAUGUGAUGCCAAGUUACAGACAGCUAGCGGUGAGGCAUGUUUACGUGCAAUGCCAGAGAUUUUUUUUCUUAAAGUUUACCAGAAGAUGCCUUUGUUUUAUUCUUUAACGCUUCUGGUUCAGCCUGACUGUGCAGUGCACAUGUGGACCUUCACUACGGCUACUUGACUACCUUAAUGACAAAGUAUUGUGCCUUCGGUGGGAUUAAUUCAAAUGUGUACACUCAUACGAAUAAAACUAGAAUCAAACUCUA